AUGUCAAAUAUCGAAGGAGAGGCCGAUGUGAACGACUUCUUGCAGCGUAUCAAAGAAUUGGGUAAUAAACGGGACCAAGAAGACGAAGACCGCACCAGAAAGUUAGAGGAAGAGAUACUGCAAGGCAGAAAAGCGAGACAAGCUCGCAGAGCUGAAAGGGCAUUAUCAAUCUCACCUACGAAGUCCUCUCCUAUGGGUACACCUACCAGACCUAUCUCAGGCAUCAUUUUAAACUCGGAAGAUCAACCUUCAGAAUCUAGGCGUGGGAGUGCUAUUGACAACGGGGUAGAUGAAUUAGCAAUGAACUCGAUGUCGGAUUUCAAGCGAACCUCGCAGAUCAGAGAUUCGCCGUCGAAUGCUAUGCCCUCGCGAAAUUCACCUUUAUCAUGGGCUCGCAGACCGGAACCUUCCGAUAAAUCUCGAAGUCGACCUUUGUCAAUGGUAGCUACAGAUAGGGUAAUGCUAUCGAGAACAACUACACCGACACCCGACAAUACUACAUCUGCCGAUGACAGUACACCUUCUCGAGAACAAAUCGCACAAUCGCUAGGAUCCAAAGAUCCAGCUUGGUUUAGGCAAACUGUAGAUCGGGGCGUAAAUUCACCAGCUUACAGAAAGAACCAGGUGGAGGACGAAGAGAGAGCAAUACACGGGUCAAUUCAGAUGCCAGGAAUGGCUCGUAAUAGUUAUUUACCUGACAAGGCAAUGGACGAGAUCAAAGAUCCUUCUUCAACACCUUCGAGGUCGCCAACAAGACCAUCAGCAAGAAACAGUAUUUCCUUUGGGAGCGCCUCUAGAAUGUCGUACCAAAGUAUCCCAGGUGCUGGCAUGGGGUCUGCAAUUCCAAUGACCGACGCUCAGAGGCUAGAUCCACCUGUUGCCAGUGAUAAUUUGUUGGAGGUUCGAGGUCUAGCAAUGUCGCCUUCGCAGGGUCGCAUAUCGCCUGAUAGACUAGACCGACCUAUUUCUCCGACUAAAGGAAUGGGUGGGUUUGUACAAAGUGCGAUGAUGAAAAGAUCGGAGAGUAUGAAUAAGCGCUGGUCUGUUCAAUCACCUUCAUUAGAUCGGAAAAAUACGUCUUUUGAUCCUAAUACGGAUAACCAAACUACUUCACCUUCAAGACCCACGUCAAGACCUACCUCAAGUCAUGGUGAGCUCCAUCGCCCAGGCACAGCGAGUUCGAUGAGAAGCAAUAUGACAAAUUCCACAAUGAAUGAUGGUUCCAUCUCCAUGAGGCCAUCUCUGGCAACAACUAGGUCUUAUACACCGGCCGAUCCUAAAGAGGCAGACAAUGGGAACCAAUCGCCUCCGACAGAUGAUAGUUUGCCUAUUAGCCCUACGAAAACCAUGGAUUCAAGACGAUGGAGCCCUACCAAAUCCAGUUGGCUCGACAGCGCACUAAACAAACCCGAAUCACCGAAGCCUAAAGCUACGCCACCGCCUCAACAACCCUUGUGGAUGUCGGAGAUUAGUAGAGCAAAACAAAAGGGCAGUGUCGACUUGGGUAGAAGUCAAACGGUAAAGCAUGAAGUAAACAUUGGCGGUCUAAUGAGGUCUCCUCCACCUGGCGCAUUGACAACACCCUCAAGUAUUCGAGGCUUCCCAACAGCAUUCGCCCCUGGAGUUACGCCACAGCGAAACAUUGAGAGCAUGAUCAAUCAGGACAGUAAGAGUGCUGCUGAGAACACAAAGGUCGAAAUACCAUCGACUCCCUCCACUUCUACUCCCAUUUCUAGUGCCACGCCCAAGAAAAAUACAAAUUUUACACCCACUCCAUCUUCAACAUCUAAAGCCAAUUUGAACUCACCUGCCGGUCCAGCGAAAGUCAAGCCCGUGACGCCCCCGAAGAAUGAUUUCCGGUCUGUUUUGAAAUCACGUCAGGCACCUACUGAUGAGAAACCCAAAGAAGAACCUGAAUUCAAGAAUGUCUUUGGUCAACUCCGGAGAACGAAGACUCAAAGCUACAUGGCUCCAGACGCACUGAAGGACAAUAUUACACGUGGCAAGGCAGGUCUUAACCUUACUGGCGGGCCCAUGAAGACUGACCGUAAGGACGAAUUCAAAGAUGCCAUAUUGAAAAAGAAGGAGGAUUUCAAGAAGGCGCAGGUUGAAGGACACGGAGUUACAAGAUCUGCCAGCGGUGGAAGUCAGGAAAAUGUGGUACCUGAAGCUUUGCGAAGAAGAAACACCUUGGGAAGGAAUGGCUCCGUCUCUAAGAUACUUGCAUCUUCUUUAGAGUCAAGUUCGCCGCAGCUUACUGCUUCAGCAAGCCCCACUCCGAACUUAGUCAAAGAAACCAGUGCCUCAGCACGCAUGCAAGAAAAGAAUGCAAUUGGAGGUAAGCUUGCUGGACGUUUUAACCCUGCUCUCGCAGAUUUACUAGCCAAGGGCCCACCGUCACUUGCUAGUGAAACCUCAAGGUCUUCAAGCCCCUCGUUAUCGCAGCGCACGAUCAGUAUGAGCACUUCGACGACCAACCUCGAACCGAGUGAAAAUUUACCACAACUCACGCAUAUGACCAAAGGACGUGCUCGUGGACCGAAACGAAAAGCACCAACUACAGCCGCACCAAAGACUGAAGAAAAGACUGAAGAAAAGUCUCAAGUUCCAUCCCCUAUGAAAUUGCUUGCUGCCUCUGAACGACCUACGUCGCCGGCUACAAGCCCCGUUGGACAGCCAAUUUCAGCCUUGAACACAGAACAGCCGCAAGAAAUCAUCUCAGAUUUCCAGCCUUCGUCACCUCGGAAGCUAGAUAUGAGGAGACGAUCUCUAUUCCUACAAGAAGCACCAAAGAAUAAGGAUACACCAUCGUUGGAAGCCCCUAAACCACUUUCUCCCGUCAAAAUUGCUAAUUUCCCUGAGAAUACGGUAAAGGCACACCACAACAAGCUCGAUGCAACAAUUCCGCCAGAUCCACCAAAACCGGAGCCUCCAGCGCCUGCCAAAUCUCCAUCAUCAACUAAGGUCUAUGAAGAUCUCACAUUCAAUGAUCCUGUAUCACCAGAGUCUGCGAAGCUCCGUCCCGCUCCAUUAUCCCCAAGAAAAGCAAAUUCGACAAAAGCCCCACCGCAAUUUUCGCCUCGUUCUGAUGAACCACCACCACUCAGUCCAUCGAGAUCAGUCAAGCACACUGCAGCAUUAUGGGGCCGAACCAAUUCAGAACACCCUGCUCGCAUAUCAUCUCCAAUAAAGUUACCCACCCACGAAGACGAAAAGGCAGCGUCAGUAGGCGCAGGUUUGCGACCUACAAGUCCAAUGAAACGAAACAAGUCAUAUGAAGAUGAAAAGACACCUUUAGCAGGUGCAGGUUUGCCGCCUAUUAGUCCUUUGAAACGAAAUCAGUCUAUUGACCUAGGACUACGAAUGGGGCCGAAAUCAACCUUAGAGUCAUCAUCUGCGCGCGCUCUUCCAAUUCCUCCAGCUAAAAGACUAACGUCACCAGUAAUGAGCCCCGGUCUUCGCUCGCCCAGUAUGGCCUACUCUCCAGUACCUCAAGCAUCCGAAGCCUCGCAACUUCUUGCUGACUUCUUCGGCGAAGAGCCCAAGCCAACUCCAACUUACUCAGUCGAUACAGCAAGCAUCCUAAUGGCCAGACAAGAUACAGUCUCAACUGUACGAACCAUGAAGUCUAGCUUGUUUCAUUUGUUUGGGGACGGAAAGAAACAAGCUGUUUCCACUCAUCAAGAGCGUGUCCUUUUCGAACGUGACAUGUAUAUAUGCCCACAUACAUUCACCAACGCAGCUGGCAGGAAGAUUACUGAAGUAUACUGGUGGAUUGGAGAUGAAGUCUCUGAACGUGUCGUCGGUGGUGUUGAGAUCUUUGCCCAGAGAGAGGCCAAGGGUUUUGGCGGCAGUUUUGUAAAGUUGAGACAAGGCAAAGAAACUCCAGAGUUCUACCAAGCUCUUGGUGGUAUCAUUAUUGUCAGGAGAGGAUCAUCCAACAAAUAUGAUUCCCUCGCACCUCAUAUUCUCUGCGCAAGACAGCAAUACGGAAUGUUGGUAUUCGACGAGGUUGAUUACUCACCUUCAGUCCUGUGCUCCGGAUUUCCAUACCUCAUCUCCUCGCCGUUAGGCAAGACAUAUCUAUGGAAGGGUCGAGGUAGUACUGCUGAAGAGCAUGGCUGCGCCAGACUUCUUGGAAUGGAAAUUUCAUUGACUGGCGAUAUCGAAGAAGUUGAGGAUGGUGAUGAGUCCUCGUCAUUCUUAAAAGUAUUUGAGAAUUGCAAAAGAAUUCCACAAUCAGCAGAUCACUGGAAACUCAAACCCGCCUACAACAAAUAUUCCGCACGUUUGUUCUGUGCUACCACUACUGGCAAAGAACAAAUCACCGAAAUAAAUCCCUUCUCUCAAGCCGACCUCUCCCACUCCGCAAUCUACAUCCUCGACGCUUUCUUCGAAAUUUACAUCGUCAUCGGCGCCAAAGCCCAAUCCCAAUACGGUGCCUUUCAUAACGCACUCCAAUUCGUACAAGAAUAUGGAAUUCUCUCGGCGGGCAUGGAAGAUCGUCCCUUCGUACCAGUAUCUACGGUCGUGAUAGAGGGCAUCCCAAAGGAUUUGAAGAGUGUUUUCAGGAAGUGGGUUGAGGGCAGAGCGCCAACUAUUGUGCAGAAGAAAGAUGGGCAUGGAGGAAGUGACUUGAAGAGAGUGAGAAGUUUAAGAGUGGUACCUUUGACGGCAGCUUUGGAGGCUACGAGGGGCUAG